CACUCAAAAAGGGAUAUUCAGUAGUAAAGCGUCGCGCCAGGCGCAAAGUUGUGACCAACAGCGGCAGCGGCCGAGCCAAGGAGCGUUCACUGCUUUUGCCACACGAAAAUGCUCCGGGCAUAGCUAAUUUUGGGGGGUGCCACAGUUUUCAUCACGCCACACACACAUAACUACAUUUCCUCAAACUUGCAAACAAAAAGCCACUCGCAGCAAUAUGGCUGCUGCACUCGCUUAUCGCUGGCUUUUGUGUGCGGCUGGCAUUGUAAAUGUGCUGCCGAUUGGAGGACAAAGGCAUACAGCUUCGGAUAAUCCCUCAACGUACAAUAUAGGCGGCGUAUUAAGCAGUUCCGAAAGCGAGGAGCACUUUCGCACCACAAUAGCGCAUCUCAAUUUCGACCAGCAAUAUGUUCCACGCAAAGUCACCUACUACGAUAAGACAAUACGCAUGGAUAAGAACCCAAUCAAAACGGUGUUUAAUGUCUGUGACAAGCUAAUUGAGAAGCGAGUGUACGCCGUCGUCGUUUCGCAUGGGCAAACCUCAGGCGAUUUGUCACCGGCAGCUGUGAGCUAUACAACCGGCUUCUAUUCGAUACCAGUCAUUGGCAUAUCCUCGCGGGAUGCGGCCUUUUCCGACAAGAAUAUCCAUGUCUCAUUCCUGCGCACCGUGCCCCCCUAUUACCAUCAGGCGGAUGUUUGGCUCGAAAUGCUCAGUCACUUUUUGUACACCAAGGUAAUCAUCAUUCACAGCUCCGACACGGACGGACGCGCAAUUCUGGGCCGUUUCCAGACCACCUCGCAGACCUACUACGACGAUGUCGAUGCGCGUGCGACAGUCGAAUUGAUUGUUGAGUUCGAGCCAAAACUGGAAAGCUUUACCGAGCACCUGAUAGACAUGAAGACGGCACAGUCCAGGGUCUAUCUCGUCUAUGCCAGCACCGAGGACGCUCAAGUGAUAUUCCGCGAUGCUGCUGAAUACAACAUGACUGGCGAGGGACAUGUGUGGAUUGUGACGGAGCAGGCGCUGCAUGCAAAGAAUACGCCGGACGGGGCGCUCGGUCUGCAGCUGGAGCACGCCCACAGUGACAAGGGACACAUUAGGGACAGCGUAUAUGUGCUGGCCUCAGCCAUUAAGGAGAUGAUUUCGAAUGAGACUAUAGCUGAGGCACCCAAAGACUGCGGCGAUUCGGCUGUCAACUGGGAAUCAGGCAAGCGACUCUUUCAGUACCUGAAGUCGCGAAAUAUCACGGGAGAAACGGGUCAAGUGGCAUUCGAUGACAACGGGGACCGGAUUUAUGCCGGCUACGAUGUGAUCAACAUACGGGACCACCAGAAGCAGCACAUUGUGGGCAAGUUCAGCUACGAUAGCUUGAAGGCGAAAAUGAUAAUGCGCAUCAAUGACAGCCAGAUCAUCUGGGGCGGCAAGCAGAGGCGCAAGCCGGAGGGCAUCAUGAUUCCCACACACCUCAAGGUGCUGACCAUCGAGGAGAAGCCGUUUGUCUAUGUGCGACGCAUGGGCGACGACGAGUUCCGCUGCGAGCCAGACGAACGGCCCUGUCCGCUCUUCAAUGCCAGCGAUGCGACAGCCAAUGAGUUUUGCUGUCGCGGCUACUGCAUCGAUCUGCUGAUUGAGCUCUCCAAGCGCAUCAACUUUACCUAUGACCUGGCCCUGUCGCCGGAUGGCCAAUUCGGACACUACAUCUUAAGGAACAACACGGGCGCCAUGACGCUGCGCAAGGAGUGGACGGGUCUGAUUGGGGAGCUGGUCAAUGAACGUGCCGACAUGAUCGUCGCACCACUAACCAUAAAUCCGGAGCGUGCUGAGUAUAUCGAAUUCUCGAAACCAUUCAAAUACCAAGGCAUUACAAUACUCGAGAAGAAACCGUCCCGAUCGAGUACUCUUGUGUCUUUCUUGCAGCCAUUUAGUAACACGCUAUGGAUCUUGGUAAUGGUGUCGGUUCAUGUUGUGGCGCUCGUGCUUUAUCUACUGGACAGAUUCUCACCGUUUGGACGCUUCAAGCUCUCGCACUCGGACAGCAACGAGGAGAAGGCGCUGAAUCUCAGCUCCGCCAUUUGGUUCGCUUGGGGCGUGCUGCUCAACAGCGGCAUUGGCGAGGGUACACCGCGCAGUUUCUCGGCCCGGGUGCUGGGCAUGGUCUGGGCCGGCUUUGCCAUGAUCAUAGUUGCCUCCUACACUGCCAACUUGGCUGCCUUCCUCGUGCUGGAGCGGCCCAAGACAAAGCUGAGCGGCAUCAACGAUGCGCGUCUGCGCAACACCAUGGAGAAUCUCACCUGUGCGACGGUCAAAGGCUCCUCGGUGGACAUGUACUUCCGGCGACAGGUGGAGCUAUCGAACAUGUACCGUACCAUGGAGUCCAACAACUAUGUCACUGCCGAACAGGCCAUUCAGGACGUGAAGAAGGGCAAGCUAAUGGCUUUCAUCUGGGACUCGUCUCGCCUGGAGUACGAGGCUUCCAAGGACUGUGAGCUGGUCACGGCUGGCGAGCUCUUUGGCCGCAGCGGCUAUGGCAUUGGCCUGCAGAAGGGUUCGCCCUGGACAGACGCUGUCACCUUGGCCAUACUCGAGUUUCAUGAGAGCGGCUUCAUGGAGAAACUGGACAAACAGUGGAUCUUCCAUGGGCACGUCCAACAGAACUGCGAACUGUUUGAGAAGACGCCAAACACGCUGGGCCUCAAGAAUAUGGCGGGCGUCUUCAUACUGGUGGGCGUGGGCAUAGCCGGCGGCGUAUGUCUGAUCAUCAUUGAGGUGAUCUACAAGAAGCAUCAGGUGAAGAAGCAAAAGCGCUUGGACAUUGCACGUCACGCAGCGGACAAAUGGCGCGGCACCAUUGAGAAACGCAAAACCAUACGCGCCUCGCUGGCGAUGCAGCGACAGUACAACGUGGGUCUGAUGGCCAGCCAUGCGCCAGGCACCAUCAGCCUGGCCGUGGACAAGCGUCGCUAUCCGCGUCUGGGCCAGCGGCUGGGACCGGAGCGCGCCUGGCCAGGCGAUGCGGCCGAUGUGCUACGCAUACGCCGCCCCUACGAUCUGACCAAGUCCGGCCAGCUGGGCCUGGGCAGGACACGACCCCAACAGAAUCCAUUGCCACCGCGCUACUCGCCGGGCUACACCAGCGACGUAUCGCAUCUGGUCGUAUAAGUUAACAUUUUUGAAACCAAAGAAAAAAACGAAAAAACGAAAACAAAUAAGUAUUAUUAAUGUUAUCCAUGAUUUUAUAUAUAUACACAUACAUAUAUCUCAUUGCUCAAUACCUGACGAUUUACAAGCCAAACCAAUGGACGGCGUUGGCCCCAUAUAAGUUAGAUUACAUAUUUAUGUAUAUAUACAUAUUAUAUAUUUUGCCAAAUUAGUAAUUAAUUAUUUAUGUACGCAUAUAUCAAGAGAUUCUCUGACAUGAUCCAAUGCGUCUCGUGUAUUUAUAUAUGUGUAUAUGUAUUGUUAUAUAGUCGGCAUUUAUUUGAUGGACGUUAAGUUUGUGUAGUUUUUCAAUAGAUGAGAAUAGGAAUUUGUUGAGCUCCAUGUCGAAUUGACCAUAACUGCUUAUCGCUAACUCACUCAAUGUAUGCCCGCUUUAGCAAAUCUCCCAAAAUCUAAAUAUGAAUAUCUCUAUCUAUCUAUCUAUCUAUCUAGGUCUAACUGUCUGUUGUUAUCUGUGUAGAUCGAAUUGUAGUGCAUAUGAAACGAUCAUCAGAAUACCCACCCAUUGUUACAAGGUGUACUAACGAUACUUGAAUUUGAAAACGAUUUUUCACAACAAAAAACUCCGAUUUUCAAAAUAUACGAAUACAAUUUAUACAAUUCACUAAACAAAACAAAAACCUUUAAAAACCUUUAUACAUUAUAAACUAGCAUUCAAACAAAAACAUGCGAACAGCUGUCGCUGGUUUUUGUUGCUUUUUUUUUUUUUUUUUUAUUAAUUGGCAGAGUUUAUGAAUCAGAUCCAUUUAAAUCAACAACUCGAAUGAGACACCUAAACAAGUCAACGCCAUACACUAAAUUAAAAUACUUAAAUGUGAACUAAAAAAAUUAAAUAAAAUUUAAAUGUCACUACAACUCCAUACAUCAAAUGUCUAACUAAUCUUAAGUGUGAAAGUUAACAGCAUCAAUGUGAAUUAAAAUAAAUAAAAAUAUU